CUGACAACAACAACGGGGAAGUCAACUGUUUGGCUGUUGUUGAACACGAUGUUGCGUCGUUGUGUUUAAUGUAUGUUUCUGGCAUCGCUCGAGUUUUGGUCAGAAAUGGAUUUCGGGGAUUCUGAAGAUAAGGCGACUCGCUCGUUGAGACGAUCGACAAGGCAGUCGUCAAGUAACGUUAAAGUGUUUAUUGCUGAACCAACAGUCAGAGGUCCUCUUAAAAGGACCAGAAAGGGGUUACAAAGCCAAACUCCAGCGGCAGCUGUCAAUGGUUCCAAAGAUGUGGAGACUGGCUCAGAGGAUGGUGAGUCCCCCAGCAAGAAGAGCCGGGUGGAGCCUGGAGGUGCAGAGGGCGGCAGUGGUGAUGAGCAUGAGACAGAGAUGGAUGUCCAAGAAUCAGUUGAAGAUCUGCAGAAAAAAGACCAGGAAAUGGAUAUUAAACAGGAUUCCUCUCGUGGUGCUCAUCAUCCAAAGAUAUCUCAAGCCGCCUUUGGAGAUAUCAAUUUAUCCCCUCGUGUAAUGCUCGGUGAACGCAGAUCCAUACAUGCAGUAAAUGCAGAUGCAGACCGGAUCAAAACCACAAUAGUGAAACCAUCAAAAAAAGCACAUGUAUCCCCCUUAAAGCCUGCUGCACAAUUCAGACCAGCGGCAAACAGACACGAUGUGCCGAAGCCAAAGAUCUCGAGCAUGGCCGACUACAAGAUGACGAUGGAAGCCAAAGCCAACAUCACUGCAGUCAACCACCAUGUUCCAAAAGUGUUCCAAACCUCAGAGAAAUCGUACACAACACGACAACGUGUGAAUAACAUUCCAGCACAAAAGCAAUCUGUUCCGCUCAAAAAACAAGGAACAAAGAAAACUCCUGUUAUCAAGAGAAGCUCUGGAUAUUCCUGCCGAGGAUUCCUGUGGUAUUUAUGCCGUUUGGUUCUCAUGGUGCUGGUCUGUUCUGCCGCCUUGUUGGCAUACAAGACCAAAAAGAAUGCAGAUGGUGGAACGCAUCCAUCCAGGGCUGUAAACUCAACAGUGUUUGCAGAUCAGUUGUCUCUUCUUGAGGCUCAGUUCUCCAGUCAGCGUUCUGAUUUGUGGAGGAGGACCAAGGUCCACCUGGAGAGGCACUUCCAGACAUCCCAACCCACAGAGCCAGUCAGUCUGAUCCUUACUGCCGGGCAAAAGGCUGAGGGGACACUGCACUGCCUGGCUCAGAGGCUGGCCACCUCCUUCUCGGCAGCCCUCCACAGCCCUUCCAUCCUCCACAUCGAUGGAGCUAGUAAAGCUGACCAGGACAGCGAUGAAGUGAAGCUGGACAUCGACAACCAGUUGCGAGCGGCCUUUGGAGGAGACCAACCCGUGGCUGUCAUCCAUCGAUUCGAAGAGUUGCCUCCAGGCUCCACACUCAUUUUUUAUCGCUAUUGCGACCAUGAGAACGCCGCAUACAAGCGGGUGUUCUUGUUGUUUACUGUGCUGCUUCCUCAAGAUGAAGUCGGGGGAGAUCAGACUCUGAAGGAAGUGGAGGAGAUGGUGCAUGACUAUGUCGAGGAAAGACUGGUGGACUCCAGAAGCCAAACUGCAUUCAACGACAUGGACACUGACAAGUUUGGUGGACUGUGGAGCCGCAUCUCCCAUCUUGUCCUACCUGUGGUGUCCGAAAGAGAAGUGGAGCAGAAAGGAUGCUGAUGAAGUCAAGCGGAAGUCAGAAUACCACUUUGGACCGGCCUCAUCCUCCUUGGCACAGUGCAGCUAUUAAACAGAGAAGUAACAUGUAAAUAUACUGUGUGUGCUGUAACAUUUCACAUAUAAAAUUGAGUUUCAAUGUUUGAAGGUUGUACUAAUCUCUCUCUGGGAUUUUACUCACAGUGUCCUAUAAUUCAGUUUAACUGCUCACAAGAAUGGGAACUGAAGAUUUUUUUUGACCAACGCAAAUAUCAAUUCUGCUAUAAGUCCAGUUCUUUAUGAAUUCCCUUGUUGAUUGAUUGAGGCCUAGAGUGUAGGAACAGAGUAGACCACCUGUCUGUCUGUCAAGGAAGGCACCCUUUGCACUGUUUCUUCCUCUCCAACAUGACCCCUUUUUGUUGCUAGUUUCCAGCAGAUGCAUGAAUUGGACAUUGUUGUGUUGCAAUUCGCAACUGUCAGAAAAACAGGCUGCCUGAUAAGAGGAAUUGAGGCCUACGAUUUUGAUGAAUCAGACAAUUUGGAUUUUGGACAGUUUUCCUUUCCCAUACCUACAUGAGAUGUCCAGCACUGACUUUUUUUACCUGUACAUGUACAUGCUUUUGUAUAAGAAGUAACAGUGGCACUAUCAUUCCACUUCCAAAGCAGGGUAUGAAGUUCAUUUUCUCAUACAGAAACGUACAAUAUACAAUAUAUAGUUUUGACUGAUCUGUUUUCUCCUUGUUCUUUGUCUUAAAUCUGUAUCCACAGUCCUCUGUUCAGCAGCGUUUGAACCCAGGUAAGAAGUUUUUGGUGAAUGAUCAGCGUGGAUUACACUGGGUCCUUCUUUUGAACUAAUGAAAAAUGUAGCGUUUUCGCUGGAAAUGUUUUAUUGUUCUGUAUAUAAUCUCUCAGACAACUGAUGGCUUGCUUUGUAUUUCUGUUAAAUGUCCCCAUGGAGAUGUGUGUCCCUUCAUUUAGUUUUCUUGUGUAUAUUAUUGGAUUUGCACUGAAAGUGUUUGCUUUAACUAUCCACCGUAUCAAGAGUGCUGACUUUUAUUAAGAUAAAUAUUUUAUAUUCUGUUUUUUUUUUUCUGAAUGUGUAUAUUUGUGCUAUGUUGUCUCUUUCCUAGAUUUGGAUAUUUUUGGAGAGCUGUAUAUAUAUAUAUGUAAAUAUAUAUAUAUUGAAUAUAAAAAGCUUUGUUUUUUGAACCUGUUAACAACCCACUGACAUGGACUUACAGUACUUACAAGAAAACAGGUUCUCACUAAGUGAUUUCAAUUUGCAAUAAAGAAAAUGUAUUCAGCAAGUCACAAAAUGUGCCUUAAACACUGAGAAGGAGGAGAUUAGACCAUAUCUGAAACACUUGUUUGUCAUUUGAUACUGUAAUUUUGACAACUCCAAAAUCCAAACAAGGUUUAUUGUUGAAAGAUUUGUUUCUGAUUUGUUUUAUCUGAAAUUUAAAAUACAAAAUAUAGGAAAGUGCUCCUUCUUUUGAUACAGGUAAUUCCUCCUAUGGUAUCAUUCUGAGAUCAACUUUGUUUUGCUCACCUGAAAUUGUGUAUAUUUUCAAUAAAGAUUAUUUUGAUAACAAGAA